GGAAAUCCUCCGGUACGUUCUAUUGCCGCGAGACACUCAGUCUGGUCUGUCAUCGAUUUGAUAUUGGGAGUAGAAAAAGAGUGUUGCUGUCAACAUCUAGCCCAGCUGAAGUAAUCUAUCUCGGUCGGCGCCUUGUAGACACCUCCGUUGUUUUCGUCUGGCUUCCACCCGCUAAGAUGUCGGAGCUCAGGCACCGCGGAGCCAAAGACACCGAGCCAACGUUACAGCAGCAGCCGUCAGAGGACAAGACUUCAGACAGCGAGCAGAAGGCAGAAAAAGAUGGAGUUUCAGACAGCGAGUCCAAGGUGGACUCGGGAAUCCCAGAAGUGCCAGCACCUGCUGAUGAUACACCCGAAGUUCUGAACAAGGCUCUCUCUGGACUCUCCUCCAGAUGGAAGAACUGGUGGGUGAGAGGCAUCCUCACCCUCGCCAUGAUCGCUUUCUUCUUCUUCAUCAUCUACCUGGGCCCCAUGGUGCUUAUGAUGAUUGUCCUCUGCGUUCAGAUCAAGUGCUUCCAUGAAAUUAUCAUGAUCGGUUACAGUGUGUAUCACUCCUACGACCUACCCUGGUUCAGGACGCUGAGCUGGUACUUCCUGCUGUGUGUGAACUACUUCUUCUAUGGAGAGACGGUGACAGAUUACUUUUUCACACUGGUGCAAAGAGAAGAGCCGCUCCGCAUCCUCAGCAAAUAUCACCGCUUCAUCUCCUUCGCCCUCUACCUCACAGGUUUCUGCAUGUUCGUGUUGAGUUUGGUGAAGAAGCACUACCGCCUUCAGUUCUACAUGUUCGGUUGGACCCAUGUGACUCUGCUGAUUGUUGUCACUCAGUCUCAUCUAAUCAUCCACAACCUGUUUGAAGGCAUGAUCUGGUUUAUUGUCCCCAUAUCCUGUGUGAUCUGUAAUGACAUCAUGGCUUACAUGUUUGGCUUCUUCUUCGGCCGUACCCCCCUCAUCAAGCUCUCGCCUAAGAAGACGUGGGAGGGGUUCAUUGGGGGUUUCUUCUCGACUAUAGUGUUUGGCAUCGUGCUCUCCUACUUCAUGUCCGGGUACCGAUACUUCGUGUGUCCGGUGGAGUUCAACAACGACUCCAACAGCUUCCAGGUGGAUUGCGAACCUCCGGAGCUCUUCCAGCUGCAGGAGUACACGCUGCCCAGCAUCCUGGAGUCUGUCACCGGAUGGACUACGGUGCGCCUGUAUCCCUUCCAGAUCCACAGUGUGGCGCUCUCCUCCUUUGCCUCCAUCAUGGGACCGUUCGGUGGAUUUUUUGCCAGUGGCUUCAAGAGAGCCUUCAAGAUUAAGGAUUUUGCCAACACUAUUCCGGGCCACGGCGGCAUCAUGGACAGAUUUGACUGCCAGUACCUCAUGGCCACAUUUGUCAAUGUUUACAUCGCCAGUUUCAUCAGGGGCCCGAACCCCAGCAAGGUGAUCCAGCAGCUGCUGGCUCUCCGUCCUGAUCAGCAGCUGCACAUCUUCAACUCCCUGAAGGCUCACCUGCUAGAGAAAGGUCUGCUCCCAGCUGUGGAGGAAGCGGCUGCCUAGAGCUGCUGCUCCAGAGUGCAGGACGGGGGUGGAAGGGGCGGCGGCACCAAACGGCUCCAGUGGGCUCCGUGGUUUGUCGUGAAGAACAGAACCAAGAGGGUCAUUCCAUUUUCUGUUGGGUCCUGUGUGUUUGUGUUCCCGCCGUCUGUGAAUUUGUUUCUGAGUCGUCUUGUUUGGAAGACGAGUUUGUGCUCACACGUUUCCACAAACUACAUGUUGGUCAGAUGUACAUUUUUACCUGUUUACAGAUGAUCUUCUAUAUAUAUGACUUAUUAUUGUGUCAUCAUUUUACUGUACAUUUUUUAUUGUAAUGCACUGCUCUCAGCCUCGUCAACAUUGUAUCGUUACAUCAAAAUAUUUCCAUUUGUGAUUCUUUCUAUUUAUACGGAAAUGGUUUUAUAUUUGCUUUGUUCUGUGGAGCUGCCGUUCUUUUUGUCUCUUUUUAAAAUUUUAAAGCCUUUUUGGUCAAUCAGACGAUAUCUAUUAAUGUCUACAAAUGCUGACUCCUUUUUCAAAGAAAACCACAGUCUCAGCUGUUUAUUAUUUCUUUAAAAAUCCUUAUACCCACUGAUAAAAGUUAUGUUUUAAUUCUUUAAAUGUUGAAUUAACAUCUUAUCUGUUUGUAGAGAUUUCCUGGAGUGUUAGUUGCAGUAGACAUCAAUGCUUUAACGCUCCGCUGCAGAAUCACCGUCACCAUUGAGCUCGUCUUGUUUCAGCUGCACAUUGGUAAUAAAAAAAAGCCUUCAAAAAAAAAGCAUUCACCUUCUGUUCAGCUGACACAAAGUUUCACACUUUUAAUAUUUAUUUGUUAAAUUUGUUCGUAAAAAUGUUGCUUUGUUUGGAAAUUCUCAUCACUUGUUUAUUUUCUUUUUUAAGAAUCUCUAACUCAUUAUGUAAUACAAUCAAUCAUAAAUGACAGUAAAUGUAACCAGAUUGACCUGACUGAUGCCACAGACGCUCGGGUGUUUCUGUCCAAUCACUGAACAAAGAUGUGUCAUCUAAACCAGUAAACUAACAUCUAUUUGUGUUUUUUUUCCCUUAAAACUCAGUUUUUUAAUGAAUAAUUCCUGAAAUGUGUUAUUUGCAUGUCACUAUUUAGAAACCAUUUCUCAACAUCAUUAUCUGCUGUAAAAAAAACCUGACAUUUCCUUGCACUUGAACAUCUCACCAUUCAUAUUUAUUGUUUUCAUUCAUAAUUGCCUCACAUAAAGUUUAUUCUCAUCAUACAUUUAUUUUCUGUUAUCAGUUGAAAUAUUUUUAAAGUGACUAUUGUACAUUUAUUGAGAUAUGUAGGAAUCUGUUAUGUAGUUUGGAGAAUAUUUAAAGUAUUAUCAUUGCCAUAUAGGACAGAGUGUUGAAGUAGCAGUAUUUUCCUGCUGUGACUGUGGUGCGUUCAGGUGUUUUCUGAAUCCUUUUUUUUUUUUUUUUUUUUUUUGUGUGCUUUGUACUGCCAUUCUUCUGCCUGGUGUUCCGGGCAGCCACUAGAGAGCGCUGCAGCCUGUGUGAUGGGCUGCUCUGAAACACUGAUGCUAGAGCGCCUUUGACUCCUCUGUUGGUACAUUCCAGUCCCUCUACAGGUGAGGUCACAGAGUGAAAGACGUACAUUAUUUAAAGUAACCUUGAUGAUGUCGAGGAACCUAUCAAAGGAAUGUAUGGGAGGCGCGUCUGUCCCACAUACUGUGUAUUCUCCUUUUUAUGGCCAUUAUUUGGUGGUUCUAGAUUCCUACAAAUCUGUAAAAUCUCAGUGAAUAUUCUUAAAUUGUGCAAUUCUUUUUUUUUUGUACAUGUUUUAGAGAAAAGCUGUAUUCUUUGAUGCUACAAUGUGCUUUGGUUCAGAGAUUAUUAAAGGUAUAUAUAUAAAAAAAGA